CGGAACACCGAUCAGCUGCCUAACCACACGUCAGUCGAUCAGUGGUCGUUGGUCGGAGCUGGUUACAGGAACGGUUUCCCUAGAUUCGGUCUUUCAACUUAUAACUUUUCCCUAGGUCAACGGUAGUCAACGUUAGAAGAUCAUCGCUAUGAUGCAGUUACACAUUCGUGGACAGCAGUCCCACAUCCUUGAUUGCAACGGGGAUGAAACUGUUGCCCAAAUAAAGGCCCAAAUCGCAGCCCUUGAAAAUGUCGAUGCUUCAGAACUUAGCCUUUCCUGCGGAGGAGCUCCACUCACCGAUGAUUUUGCUGUUGCCGAGCUCACAUCCUUCUCUCUUGACCUGACGGUACCGAUGCUCGGAGGUAAGGUCCACGGAUCCCUCGCUCGUGCUGGAAAAGUGAAAGGACAAACCCCCAAGGUCGAGAAGCAAGAGAAGAAAAGAAGAAGACUGGUCGUGCGAAGAGGCGAAUUCAGUACAACCGACGAUUCAUUAAUGUCGUUCAAACCUUCGGUCGUCGUCGUGGACCGAACGCCAACCCCAACUCGUAAAAAGUUAUAAUCUGUCAACGAAGGUGCGCUGCGUAUCUGUAAUACCAUGUAACUAGCAAAAUACUGAUAAUACAAAUACGUCUCGCAGA